AAUACAAUUUUUUGUCCAUUCAGGUGAAGGCACAUGCUGUAACAGCGCCAAAGGCAAAGAGACCAUCCACAAAUUAGUACGAACCAGAGAGAGAGAGAGACAGAGAUACCGAGAGCACUACGACUGCGAGGCCGCCGCCGGCGCCGGACCUAUCACUCCAGUUACAAUACCCGAGACAUCACCUUAUCCCAGGGUUUUUGAAAUGGGGAAAGAGAACCAGGCGUCAGCCAUGGAAAUCGACGAUCCAAAGAACAACAGCUCCGAUCAGAUCUCCCCUAAAUUCUCCAUUAACGUGUUGCAGCUCUUGAAAUCUGCUCAGAUGCAGCACGGUUUGCGCCAUGGAGAUUACACUCGUUAUCGGAGGUAUUGCACUGCAAGGUUGAGGAGGUUGUACAAGUCGUUGAAGUUCACUCACGGCCGCGGUAAAUACAACCGCCGGGCCAUUACUGAAUCUACUGUCACCGAAGUGAGGUAUCUUCAUAUGGUUCUUUAUACAGCAGAGAGAGCAUGGAGCCAUGCCAUGGAAAAGAGACAGGUUCUGGAUGGUCCAAAUGCUCGUCAGCGGAUCUAUCUAAUUGGUAGGCUGAGGAAGGCAGUAAAAUGGGCUACUCUUUUCGCACAGUUGUGCGCAGUCAAGGGAGAUUCCAGAACUUCAUUAGAAGCUGAGGCUUAUGCCUCCUUUAUGAAAGGGAGCUUGUUGUUUGAGCAAGAUCAGAAUUGGGACACUGCAUUGAUGAAUUUCAAAAGUGCCAGGGCUGUUUAUGAGGAACUUGCGAAAUAUGGAGACCUGGAGAAUCAAGUUUUGUGCCGUGAACGUGUUGAGGAAUUAGAACCUAGUAUCCGAUACUGCCUACACAAGGUUGGAGAGUCAAAUCUACAAGCCUCCAAACUUCUACAGAUUGGGGAGAUGGAAGGACCUGCGCUGGACCUCUUCAAGGCUAAAUUGGAGGCUGUUAUGGCCGAGGCAAGAUCUCAACAGGCUGCCUCCAUGACAGAGUUUCAUUGGCUUGGUCAUAGAUUUCCAAUUUCAAAUCCAAAAACUCGAGUUUCCAUUUUAAAAGCUCAAGAAUUGGAGAAAGAUUUGCUUGGUUCAUCGACUAAUUCACUCCUACCAGAGAAAAAAAUAGGCAUUUUUGACAAAAUUUUUACCGCAUACCAUGAGGCAAGGGGUUGCAUUCGCAAUGACUUGGCUAGUGCAGGUAAUUCUGAAAAUGUGAAGGAUGACUUGAAUGGCCUCGAUAAAGCUGUUAGUGCUGUAUUGGGACAGCGAACCAUUGAACGAAACCAACUGUUGGUUGCCAUUGCGAAGAGUAAACUUACCAAAAGACGUGAUGACAAAAACGAGAAAGCUACUAAGCCUGAAGAGCUUGUUCGGUUGUAUGAUCUACUUUUACAGAAUACAUCUGAUCUAUCAGAUCUAGUCAGCUCUGGAAGAGACAGAAAACCAGAAGAAGUGACUUUUGCUGACGAAUGUGAACUAAAAAGUUUGGCUUUCCGGGCAGAGAGGUGUUUCUUUCUAGGUAAAUCAUAUAGCUUGGCCGGUAAGAGGCUAGAAGCUUAUGUGUUGUACUGCCAUGCUCGCUCCCUUGCAGAGAAUGCCCUACAGAAAUUUCAAUCUGUGAAUGACGGUGACGAGGCGAUGAUCAAAGAGUUGAAGACAUUGUGUGAUGAGUGCAGAUCCAACAGUUGCAUAGAACAUGCCACGGGGAUCAUGGAAGAGCUUCAGGCUCCUGAAAACCUUUCAAAAAAGAUAUCUAAUAUCAACUUAACUGGUGUUGACAAGAAGGUGGAGUUCCUCCUCGAGAAACUUGAUGUCUAUGAAUCUGCAGUUGGCGAUGCAAACGUGAAAAGUGCUCCACGGAUUGAAGCUUUCCCUCCUCCCUUUCAAUCAAUUCCUCGAAACCCUAUUGUGCUCGACCUUGCCUACAAUCAUAUUGACUUCCCGUCACUUCAACAUAGGAUGAAGAAAGACAAAAGCGGCGGCUUCCUUAAAAGGUUUUGGGGAUGAGUUCUCAGAGUUUUUCUAUACGAUAGGUUCAUUACACACUCCGAAGAAGUUGAGGAUUUCUGUUACUUGUACUUUGUCCUCGGCGGCCUUUGAGAAACAGUUUUUGAAAUUAGCAACCAGGAAUAUGGAGAUGCAACUUUCUUUUUUGCUGUCAAAUCUCGAAAUUUUACAGAGGAAAGUGCUGGUUGUUGUUCUGAUGAGUUUUUGGGUUUUAGAUUAUUUCGGUCACUGAAGAUGCAUGCGACUGUGGCCUUCUCUGUGGGUCUGCCCGAACCCACUGUGUUCGGGACGGGUCAGGUUUGUCGGGGAAAUAUCCAUCUCUAGAGAAGCUUGGUUAUAACUGGCAACAAACGCUCGUGUCACAGACAGUGAGGUUCCUAUCAAUGUCAUCAAUUGGUGGAAAAAAAGUUGUAGGGGCUGAUUGAUCGGCUGCUUAAAUCUCGAAACUAUCUAUAAAACUUGGAGAAUUUCAUAAACCCUAUCAGCUAUCAAAUUUAUUAUUUUUUAAUAAUUUUCGGGAGGGGUGUUGUAACUUAUGACCUCUUAAAUAUUGGAAAGCUAGAGUGAGUUGGUAAUUAUGAACUCUGCAAGAGGCUUAUAACUUCAGUAGUUGUGCUGUUGGAGCGUUCACUCAUCAUGCACCUGACGUUUUGUGUUGGAUUUUUAUUCCUCCAAUAUCGUUUGUAUAAAUGCAAAUUCUGACA